AGGGGAGGCCCGAAGCCUUUCUGGGGCCUGGGGGAUCCUCUUGCACUGGUGGGUGGAGAGAAGUGCCUGCAGCCAACCAGGGUCAGGCUGUGCUCACAGUUUCCUCCGGCGGCGUGUAAAGGCUCCACAAAGGAGUUGGGAGUUCAAAUGAGGCUGCUGCAGACCGCCUGAGGACGGAGGAGCCUGAGUCCCGACCUGCAGAGCAUGACCCUGAGGCAGCCGCCGGCCCCCACCACAAGAAAAGGCAGAUUGUGAGCAGCCCCGGAGGAACCCCCGGCCAGCCCCCGGCCCAGCCCCGCCGAGCCCUGCUGUGCAGGCAGAGCAGAGCCAGCAGAGGCCAGUGAGGCAGAGCUGCUCGUGGCCAGACCGGCCUGCGACCCCGGGACCCCUCCUGGAGGCCAUGGACAGGCUGCCCUGCUAACGGUCGAGGGGAAGGAAGCAUGUGAGGAGCUGCCCUGGGAGCCAAGCAGGAGGGAAGAGGUUUUCAUAGGCUCUGUUCACAAAGAAGAACCACCAUUUUGCAAGGACCAUGAGGCCGCUGUGCGUGACGUGCUGGUGGCUGGGACUGCUGGCCGCCUUGGGAGCUGCAGCCGGCCAGAAGGAGGGUUUGGAGGGCUCCGAGGAGGGCUCGCCGAGUGAGUUCAUAUACCUGAACAGGUACAAGCGGGCUGGCGAGUCCCCGGACAAGUGCACCUACACCUUCAUUGUGCCCCAGCAGCGGGUCACAGGUGCCAUCUGCGUCAACUCCAAGGAGCCCGAGGUGCUCCUGGAGAACCGCGUGCACAGGCAGGAGCUGGAGCUGCUCAACAGCGAGCUGCUCAAGCAGAAGCGGCAGAUCGAGACGCUGCAGCAGCUGGUGGAGGUGGACGGCGGCAUCGUGAGCGAGGUGAAGCUGCUGCGCAAGGAGAGCCGCAACAUGAACUCGAGGGUCACGCAGCUGUACAUGCAGCUCCUGCACGAGAUCAUCCGCAAGCGCGACAACGCGCUGGAGCUCUCCCAGCUGGAGAACCGCAUCCUGAACCAGACGGCCGACAUGCUGCAGCUGGCCAGCAAGUACAAGGACCUGGAGCACAAGUACCAGCACCUGGCCACGCUGGCCCACAACCAGUCGGAGAUCAUCGCGCAGCUGGAGGAGCACUGCCAGCGCGUGCCCGACGCCAGGCCCGUGCCCCAGCCGCCGCCCGCCGCCCCGCCCCAGGUCUACCAGCCGUCCCCUUACAACCGCAUCACCAAUCAGAUCUCCACCAACGAGAUCCAGAGUGACCAGAACCUGAAGGUGCUGCCGCCCCCUCUGCCCACCAUGCCCACCCUCACCAGCCUCCCGUCCUCCACAGACAAGCCGUCGGGCCCAUGGAGAGACUGCCUGCAGGCCCUGGAGGAUGGCCAUGACACCAGCUCCAUCUACCUGGUGAAGCCAGAGAACACCAACCGUCUCAUGCAGGUGUGGUGCGACCAGAGACAUGACCCCGGGGGCUGGACCGUCAUCCAGAGGCGCCUGGACGGUUCUGUCAACUUCUUCAGGAACUGGGAGACAUACAAGCAAGGGUUUGGGAACAUCGACGGCGAGUACUGGCUGGGCCUGGAGAACAUUUACUGGCUGACGAACCAAGGCAACUACAAACUGCUGGUGACCAUGGAGGACUGGUCUGGCCGCAAGGUCUUUGCAGAAUAUGCCAGCUUCCGCCUGGAGCCCGAGAGCGAGUAUUAUAAGCUGCGGCUGGGACGCUACCAUGGCAACGCAGGUGACUCCUUCACCUGGCACAACGGCAAGCAAUUCACCACCUUGGACAGAGACCAUGAUGUCUACACAGGAAACUGUGCCCACUACCAGAAAGGAGGCUGGUGGUAUAAUGCCUGCGCCCACUCCAAUCUCAACGGGGUCUGGUACCGCGGGGGCCACUACCGGAGCCGCUACCAGGACGGCGUCUACUGGGCUGAGUUCCGAGGAGGCUCCUACUCGCUCAAAAAAGUGGUGAUGAUGAUCCGGCCCAAUCCCAACACCUUCCACUAAGCCAGUGCCCCUCCUGACCUCUCGUGGCUUUGGCCAGGAGCCUGCCCCGGCCACGCUGGCCCCAGCACAGAAAGCAACUGCCCGCCAGUUCACCUUGGGGCUGGGAGACUGGGACACUGGAUUCGAUUUCCCACAUCACUGCGGCAGAUAAUGGAACUGAACGGAUACAGUAUUCUCUGUCCCUACCACUUUUCUUCAUAUCAGACAGCCAUGUUUCCAGACAGGACAGGACUGCAGACCAGCCUCACUUAAAUAAAUGAAGUCCCUACGAUAAAAACACACCUGCAAAAUACCUUC